AUGUCUUUCAACAUCUGGGUAAAGUAUGGUGAAAGCCAGCCGGCUAAAGUCAUUUUCAGUGGAGGGGAUGUCGACGACCUGAAGGAGGCAAUCAAGAGGAAAUUAACAAAUACAUUGGGUGAUGUGGAUGUCGCUGACAUUACCCUCCGCCGACACGACGAGGAAGUGGCUCUUGAGCCAGAUAAUGUGGUGGAUCGAACCUUUGGUCCGACCACACGAAAACCACUCAAAGUCAUCGUUGCCCGAG